AUGACACGACUUCUUUCUAUCCUUGCUCUCCAGGCCCUUGCUGCCUUGCCCCGUUUCGCCCUGGCCGCUGAGCACGAUCCGCCCAAUCACGCAAACUCCACCGUUCCGUACACGAUUUCUUCAACACCCAAGUACAACUAUGCCGAAGUGAUCCACAAGUUUGCUCUUCUACCACUCGCAACGAUCCGGACGACUUGGUCCAAUCGUCGGCUGGCUUGGCGCGGUGACUCUUGCUUGAACUGCAUCGGUACUUAUGGAGAGGAUCUUACCGGUGGUUAUUAUGAAGCAGCCAAUACGAUGAAAUGGGGAUUGCCAUUAGCAUGGACUGUUACCCAGCUUGCCUGGAAUGUGUACGCAUUCCCGGAUGGUUUCAAAGCUGUGAACGAGCACGACGAAGCUUUGGAAGGCGUCAAAUGGGGUACGGAUUAUUUGGUAAAUUGUAUCGCCAAUAAAGAUCAGUUCGUCGGACAGCUCGGUGUUAGUGCUGUCGGGAAGACUGAUGUUGAUUUUGGUUACUUUGGUCCCCCCGAGGAAUAUGACAUGUGGGUUCCCUUGGGUUUGAAACAUUCUGAUGGUAUUGCAUACAUCAAUUCUUCGAACCCAUCGUCUGAGAUUCUCGGCGAGGCGGCUGCGUCCAUGGCCGCAACGUCUCUCAUUUUUGCCGAGAAGAACAAGACCUACUCAGACGAGCUUCUUCAACAUGCCAUCGAUCUUUACACUCGUGCUACGACCUACCAGGGAACGUACAUGAAGAGUACGCAUCCCAACCUGCAAACGGUCAAGGAAUGGUACCCCAGCUCAAUCUACACUGACGAAUUGGCCUGGGCUGCUGCUUGGAUUUAUGCUGCGACCAAGGACGAGAAUUACCGUACUGCUGCUGAUGGCUUCAUUGCCAAGUCUGCUGACCACAAUAACGAGUAUUCCUGGGACGAGAAGUUACCUGGUGUUUACACUCUUCUCUUCACUCUCACCAAGAAUGACACAUACAAGGCCGGUGCAGAGGCCUUUUUCAAGGAUUAUUGGCCUGGAGGAAGCAUCAAACAGACUGCCAAGGGUCUCGCGUUUUUGGGCAGUUGGGGUUCUCUCGGAUAUGCGUCUGCAACUGGCUUCCUGAUGAUGAACUACGCGAAGACCAUCGGUUACCAUGAGGCCGCCUCCAACCACUCUGUUUCGUUCUCGGCCCAGCAGCUCAACUACAUCCUCGGUGACUGUGGUCGUUCCUGGGUUGUCGGUUUUGGUGAAGGCUCACCUGUUCGCCCCUACCACAAGUCUUCCUACAACUCGUUCAUUGACUAUCCUAUGCGCGGAAAGGACAAUGGUGCCCAAGGAGAGGACUUUUUGAACUCUAAGACCGUCAAUCGCUUUAUUCUCUAUGGUGCUCUCGAAGGUGGCCCAGCUUGGGAUGAUACCUUCAAGGAUGACCUUGACAUACAUCUUCGCACACUUAUCUUUUCUUUUGCACAGGUGACCCAGGAUUAUAAUGCCGCAUUCACUGGUCUGAACGCUGCCAUGAUUGAGUACUACGGUGCAAGCAACUUCAAGGCAUUCUCCGAUUGCGGGCUUGAUCUUGGCUGGUCUCACCCCAAUGCCACCAAUCCUCCCCAGUGGCCCGAAGGGGAUUGCUACCACACCUGCGCCACCACCUGCAAUACUGCCGUAUCCGGCGGCGGCUCGAACCCCAACAACUCCAACAACACGGCUGGGUCUAGUGGUGGAAGCCAGUCCGGCAAUGGUGCUGUUGUAAACGGUCAUGCUAUUGGCUUUACACUUGGUGCAAUUGCCUCCAGUGUUCUUGCCUCGCUUUUGCUCUGA